GGUCUACUCUUAAAGCCACGACAUCGUGACUAUGGAGCCCAAUGUUUGGCUUCAGUUCUUCCUGCUCUUUUUCUGGUUUGACGCAGACCGUUGACGAUCUUACAAAACUUUUCGUGAUUUCGUUCCCAAAUGCUUCAUUUCAAAAAUUUCGCAACAGGGGCAAUACGGUUCCACUAUAUUUCUCUCAUCCGCUGUUUCAGUAACUCAAAUUCUUCGGUGAAUGGCUCCACCGCGCCUUCGAAAGACGACUAUUUCGCUGCAAUCCACCAUAUCUCCCACAUUGUCCGCCGAGACUUCUACAUGGAGCGCACUCUCAACAAGCUGCGAAUCUCCUACCUCAAUUCCGAGCUCGUUUUCAGAGUCCUACGCGCUUGCUCCAACUGUGGUACUGAGUCCUUCCGUUUCUUCAACUGGGCUUGCUCUCACAACCCCUCUUACCAACCCACAACCCUUGAACUUGAAGAGCUCGUCAAAACCCUAGCUCGGACCAGAAAGUAUACCACGAUGUGGAAAGUUCUUCUUCAGAUGAAGACGCAGAAUCUCAAAAUUUCACCGGAAACGAUAUCGUUCAUUAUUCAAGAGUAUGGUAAGCAGGGCCUUGUAGAUAAUGCGGUUACCAUAUUCAAUCAAUGUUCUAAAUCUAUCGAUUGUCCACAAACAGUUGAGGUCUAUAACGCAUUACUUUUUGCGCUUUGUGAGGUUAAAAUGUUUCAUGGAGCUUAUGCGUUGAUUAGGAGGAUGAUUAAAAAAGGGGUAACUCCUGAUAAAAAGACUUAUGGAACUCUUGUAACUGGAUGGUGCUCAGCGGGGAAGAUGAAGGAAGCUCAGGAGUUCUUGGAGGAAAUGAGCCAGAAGGGGUUCAAUCCUCCUUUGCGAGGUCGUGAUCUUUUGGUAGAAGGAUUGCUUAAUGCAGGGUAUUUAGAAUCUGCUAAGGAUAUGGUUAGAAAAAUGACUAAAGAAGGCUGUGUGCCUGAUAUAGGAACUUUUAAUUCUCUUAUUGAUGUUAUAUGUAACUCUGGAGAAGUUGAUUUUUGCAUUAAUAUUUUUCAUGAGGUGUGCAAGUUGGGGCUUUGUCCUGAUAUAAAUACCUACAAGAUUUUGAUUCCAGCAACUUCGAAAGUAGGUAGGAUUGAUGAAGCAUUCAGGCUUUUGAAUUGCUGUAUUGAGGAUGGACAUGUACCGUUUCCAAGUCUUUAUGGACCAAUAAUUAAAGGAAUGUGUAAAAGGGGUCAGUUUGAUGAUGCAUUUUGCUUUUUUGGUGAUAUGAAACAUAAGGGGCAUCCACCAAAUCGACCAGUGUACACAAUGUUGAUUACAAUGUGUGGACGUGGAGGGAGAUUUGUUGAUGCUGCUAAUUACUUGAUGGAAAUGGCUGAACUUGGUUUACCUCCAAUUUCAAGGUGCUUUGAUAUGGUUACUGAUGGGUUGAAGAGCUGUGGAAAACAUGAUUUAGCAAAGAAGAUUGAGAAGCUUGAAGUUUCUAUUCGAGGCAUUUGAUCUUAUAGUAAAGUAAUAAGCAAGCACUUUUUCUGCUUGAAGGAUGUGGUUGAAAUGGAUAUGAAAAACGAAAAACUAUGGAAGUCAGAAAAAGGACAAAGAAUCAUGUCUCUUAGGAAAUUCUUUCUAAUCACUCUUACACAUGUGGAGAGAGAUGAGAGAAAGAAGUCACAGUAGAGGUUAUCAUCCAGCGAAUGAUCAACAUUUUCAGAUGUACUGUAUGGAUUGCCUAGGAUUGUGACUGAGGCUACUGCUAUCUGGGUAUCAUAUACAGCUUCUAACGCUUAAUUGCUAAUAUUAUCUAACCUAUUGUUGCAUGAUUUGCUUGGUCAUCUAAUCCUGUCUCGUGAAAACUUAUAUUUCCAAUGUGCUAUGGCCAUUAAAAUAUGUGGUUUGGGUGCUGCCAACUAUUGAGCUAUUAACAGUUUCCAUUCUGUUGAGAAGACCACAUGGUCAAUUCUUGCAGUUUUCGGCUUCGUUUUAUUGAAAGUUAGAGUUGCUACAUGGCUUGAGAAAGUUGGGAGGUGAUUUCUACAGGGAAAUGCUGAAUUGUUUGAGUUCAAGGGAGAAUCGUUUUCUUGCUCCAAGGUGGUGUUCUCUGUCAAAGGAUCGCAGUAGCCUUUUCUUCAAGUCCAUAUCAAUUGGAUUCUUAUAAUGUCUUCUGUUCUGGAAGGAAAGAUGACUACUUCCAAGUCGGUCUGAUUUGGGGAGUGAUUGCGCUCAUAUAAAAGGGGGUUAACUGUAGACUCUCCUUAGAUUUCCAUAUUCUUAUAUAUUUCAAUCCUGCGAUCAUUCAAUCUUCAAUUAUAUGCUUGUUUUUUCCUUGGGUGAGUGAUGUAGAUAUUGUAUAUGUUGGAUAUUAUAUUAAACAAGAUGCCCUGAAUUUAAGCUCUUGUGUUGUUGUUU